AUGUCUAUCGCCACUCUAACCUCCAUAGCAGGUUUUGAGAAGUCUGCACAGGAGAAGUUGCUGGAUUAUGUCUGGUCGUACUACAGCCGUCCCGCAGGCACCGGACAAACCUACCAAGAUAACAUGGAUGCCUUCCGGCGAUACCGCCUCAUCCCGCGCAACCUCCGUGACGUCUCCAUCCGGGACACCUCGGUAACGGUCCUGGGCAGCAAGCUGGAUAUCCCGGUAGCCAUUGCGCCAACUGCCAUUCACCGAUUCGCUCAUCCUGAUGCGGAGUUGGCGACCGCCAAGGGUGCCGCCGCCAUGAAUGCAGGAAUGGUGCUGGGUUCCUGGUCUAUCCACUCCCUGGAGGAGGUUGCUGCAGCGACACCUGGCGGGAUCCACUGGUUCUACAUGCUGUUCUACAACGACCGUGGCCACAUGAAGCGCCAGCUGGAUCGGACAGAGCGCGCGGGCUACUCCGCCAUCUUCCUCACCAUAGACCAGCCCUUCUUCCCAAACCCUUCCGCCAGAGCUGCGCCUAGAUCUUACCCGUUUACUAUGAGGUGA